GUGAACACUGCCUGCUGUUUUCUGAUGCUGGUUGCUAAGCUCAUCCAGUGCAUGGUGUUCGGGCCUCUGCGUGUCAGUGAGCGGCAGCAUCUCAAGGAUAAAUUCUGGAACUUCAUCUUCUACAAGUUCAUCUUCAUUUUUGGCGUGCUGAAUGUUCAGACGGUGGAAGAAGUGGUGAUGUGGUGCCUCUGGUUCUCUGGACUUGUGUUUCUUCAUCUCAUGGUUCAGCUCUGCAAGGAUCGCUUUGAAUACCUUUCCUUUUCUCCCACGACCCCCAUGAGCAGCCACAUCAGAGUCCUGACCCUGCUCAUAGCCAUGCUCCUGUCCUGCUGUGGAUUAGCUGUCGUCUGUGGUGUCAUUGGCUACACCCAUGGCAUGCACACGCUGGCUUUCAUGGCAGCAGAGUCUCUGCUUGUGACAGUCAGAACUGCUCAUGUGAUUUUACGAUAUGCAAUUCAUCUCUGGGACCUCAGCCACGAAGGAAUGUGGGAGGACAAAGGCACUUACAUCUACUACACAGAUUUUGUCAUGGAGCUAACCUUGCUCUCACUGGACUUGAUGCAUCAUAUUCAUAUGCUGCUGUUUGGCAAUAUCUGGCUGUCCAUGGCCAGCCUGGUGAUUUUCAUGCAGCUGCGUUACCUGUUCCACGAGGUCCAGCGCAGAAUCCGGCGGCACAAGAACUACCUGCGUGUGGUUGGAAACAUGGAAGCGAGGUUUGCAGUCGCAACGCCGGAGGAGCUGGCGGCCAACAAUGACGACUGUGCCAUUUGCUGGGACUCGAUGCAGUCGGCACGCAGGCUGCCCUGCGGCCACCUCUUCCACAACUCGUGCCUGCGGUCCUGGCUGGAACAAGACACAUCUUGCCCCACCUGCAGAAUGUCUCUGAAUGUCACCGACAGCCACAACGCGAGGGAGGAUCAGCAGAGGGAAAACGUGGAUGAGAACCGGGUCCCCACGGCCGCGGCAGAGGGCAGGCCACGCGUGAACCAGCACAACCACUUCUUCCACUUUGAUGGCUCUCGGAUUGCCAGCUGGCUGCCCAGUUUUUCAGUAGAAGUGAUGCAUACUACAAACAUCCUCGGUAUUGCACAAGCCACCAACUCCCAGCUUAACGCCAUGGCCCACCAGAUUCAGGAGAUGUUCCCUCAGGUUCCAUAUCAUUUAGUUCUACAGGAUCUGCAGCUAACUCGUUCUGUAGAGAUCACCACUGACAACAUCCUAGAAGGCCGCAUCCAAGUACCUUUCCCCACACAGCGUGCAGAUAGCAUUAGAACUGCUUUGAACAGUUCUGUGGAACGGCACAGUACUGAUCAGGAGGACACUGAAUCGGCCACCCAGACGGAGAGAUUGCCUCUUGAACUCAGCUCAAGACUGGAAGAGGCGGUGGAAGCGAGUGAGGUGGAAGCAGAGCCUGGUGAAGCAGAAGACUUUGAGGCCAGGGGAAGUCGCUUUUCCAAGUCAGCCGAUGAAAGGCAGCGGAUGUUGGUUCAGAGGAAGGAGGACUUGUUGCAGCAAGCUCGGAAGCGUUACUUGAACAAAAGCUCGGAUGAGGAGGGGAGCAGGGAGAAGCCCGCUCCUCCCCCUGAGGGAGCCGAUCCCGUCGCCCUGCGCCGCAGGACGCUCGCCGCUGCUGCCGAACGCAGGCUGCAGAUGCAGCAGAACUCGUAG